UCAACUUCCCUUACUGUUCAGUCUAAAUUAAGAAAUUAGUCAAAAGAAAACAAGGCAAUAUGAAGCAUUCAAUAGCUGUAGUAUUAUUAUUUUUAGCCAGUAACGUUUAUUGUCAAGCUCCAACUCCAGUCUGUGACCCAAACACGGUCUCGUGGCACAAUCAUUUGUGGUACUGUGAUCGAUACUUUCUGUGCUUUUGGGGAGCAACAAAUGAGAGAUUUUGUGCUCCAGGAUUACAUUACAAUCGCGUUACAACACAGUGCAUGUCACCAGAACUAGCUAAUUGUGAAAUAGACACAGAAAUUUACUGUCCAGAUGUAGACGAUCCAAAUCAAUUAGAAUUCAGAUCAGAUCAUCAAGAUUGUGCAAGUUACUUCCUGUGCUUUAAUGGAAAUCCAAUUUCAAGAACUUGUGGACCUGAUUUCUGGUGGGAUAUGUAUGAUAAUUGGUGUACAUCUCCAGAUCUUGUAAGAUGUGAUCCUCGAGCACCAAACAAUCCAAAUCCAACGGCCACAACAAGACGUGCCUAAUAAUAACUGAAUGUGCAUUGAAUUUGAGUGAUCUUAUAUAAGUGAAUAAGGGGCCGUUCACUUAUGACGUCCAGGGGGGGGGGGGGGGGGGGGUCAGCAAGAAA